AUGAUCCACACAAUUAUUGUGCGUCUAUUUUAUAAGGGCUUACUACACAAGCAUCACCCACAGAAUGGUGAUGACGUAGGGGAUGUCUCACUACACAAGCAUCACCCACAGAAUGAUGAUGAUGUAGGGGAUGUCUCACUACACAAGCAUCACCCACAGAAUGGUGAUGACGUAGGGGAUGUCUCACUACACAAGCGUCACCCACAGAAUGGUGAUGACGUAGGGGAUGUCUCGCUACACAAGCAUCACCCACAGAAUGGUGAUGACGUAGGGGAUGUCUCACUACACAAGCAUCACCCACAGAAUGAUGAUGACGUAGGGGAUGUCUCACUACACAAGCAUCACCCACAGAAUGGUGAUGACGUAGGGGAUUUCUCACUACACAAGCAUCACCCACAGAAUGGUGAUGACGUAGGGGAUGUCUCACUACACAAGCAUCACCCACAGAAUGGUGAUGACGUAGGGGAUGUCUCACUACACAAGCAUCACCCACAGAAUGGUGAUGACGUAGGGGAUGUCUCACUACACAAGCAUCACCCACAGAAUGGUGAUGACGUAGGGGAUGUCUCACUACACAAGCGUCACCACCAGAAUGGUGAUGACGUAGGGGAUGUCUCACUACACAAGCAUCACCCACAGAAUGGUGAUGACGUAGGGGAUGUCUCACUACACAAGCAUCACCCACAGAAUGAUGAUGACGUAGGGGAUGUCUCACUACACAAGCGUCACCACCAGAAUGGUGAUGACGUAGGGGAUGUCUCACUACACAAGCAUCACCCACAGAAUGGUGAUGACGUAGGGGAUGUCUCACUACACAAGCAUCACCCACAGAAUGAUGAUGACGUAGGGGAUGUUCAGGAAAUUGACUCUUUUAAUUAUUCUUUUUUUUUUUAA